GAAAUAAUGAUUGAACUGUCAUAAGUGGAUUUUAAUAUUUAGUCCAAUAUCAAGGACAGAGUAAAUUGAAUAUUUCAAUCCUUCUUUCUUUCCUUCUUUCUUUCUAUUUUGCAUGCAAACAUCCAUUUCUUAUUGAAAAGAAAGAAAAAGUUAAAUAUGAAAUAAGUAAACAACUGGAAAUCAGAAUAAAUAUCAUAUUGUAAGUAAAUAUAUAAAAGAGAUUAGAAGGAAUGACAGUGAAAGUAUUAAGAAUAGUAUGAAGUAAAAACCAAAGUGGGAAAGAUAAACAAGUGUGCUUUUUAUAAAUCCUUCUUUUUCCUUCUUCUUCUUCUUCAAAUUAUUACAAAAACAAUAAUAUUUCAUCCGAUAAAGUUUACUUUUCAAGACAAAUUAUGCAAAUAUGUGAGAACAGAUCUAUCUAACCGUGUAUAGAACAUAAUUCACUGAAGAAAAAAAGGGAACAACUAAACAUGUGUUGAAUAAUUCAUUGAAAAUGAUAAUUCUACUUGUUGUGAGGUGAAAAACUAAUAUCUGGAAUAAGCUCAUCCAACAAAAAUGUGGUUGACGUACAUGGAUGACACUUUUAUUCUUACGAAAAGAAAUAAGUUAGAUGAACUUCUUAGAAAUUGUCCACAGUAUAUUAGAUAGCACCAAAUUUACUGAAGAGAUGGAAUCCAUUGAACACAUAUAGUCUUUUCUGGAUUAUGCGGUUGAAAUAAAACAAAAUGAUUUUUUGGAACUUAAUAUAUUCCGUAAAAUAACUGAAUGGGAAAUGAGCACAUGCUAUUUCUACACGGGCGACAGUUUCGAAGAAUUUGAAAAACAGAGCUCAAUAAUUUAUCAUUGAAUCUAGUGAUAGAGAAACUAAAAUGCAUUAAGUUAUAUCCAUUUUGAUGAUGAAUAUUUAUCUUAAAAACUUUGUAAAAAGAAAGGGGAUCAAAAAGAUCAGAGAAAAGAUACAUCAAAAGAACAAGUGAACACGGUGGUGAUCUUAUAUUGCAAAGAAACUUCAGAACAUAUCCAGAAGGGUCCUAAAUCAUCACAAUACAAGACUAUUCUUCUGAACAAACAAUACUCUAAACACUAAAUUACGAAGAAAGACUCAUUAACAAAGAGGGAAUAAAAUAGUGAAUAUUAGAUUGAAUGUUGGGAAUGUAGUGCUAAAUAUAUGGGUAAGAUAUCACGAGAGAUGAAUGUGCGAGUGAAGGGAAACACAUUUCCGAAUUUUCAGAAGAUCUGAAAAAACAAGUCAGUGAUAGCACUGUAUGCAAUAGAGUCGGACCAUACCAGUGAUUUCAAUGGCAUAAGAAUCCUACAACAAGGUUUUAGUUCUUACAAAGAGAGAAUUGUAGUUUAAGUCCUACAUAUACGAGCAAUUCCAAACAAUGUUAAUAGCAGAAAUAAAAUGCAAUUAGCUGUUUCAUGACAACUAAUGAUUUAUAAGUAAAUCUGGACUCAUUAUAUUUUCAGUUGAUCCAUUUAUUAUUAUGUGGACAACGAUAAUUACUUUCACUUGUUCUAAUCAGUUAAUUUACUAAAUAUACAAUAAAUAACCAUCUUGGUCAACACGAUAAAAAAAAUCUAUUUGCUUACUUAUCGUCAUUUUAUGAAUGUCGUGACGUUGGAUUCAUCAUCUCUGCUUGAAAUUCUUGUGAGAAUAUCGAAGCAAUCUCCACAGAAUACACAGAUGCCAAAAGAGAUUGAUCAAUCGGAGUCCUAAACAUCAUUGGCAAGAUUCAAGCAACCAAUAUAUAUGAAUUGAAAUUUACCCCGCUGCACAAGCUAGUGAAUCACUGCACUCAGUAGCUAAGUGGAUAACGUGGCGAGGUCUGAAGCAAAACUGUGGGUUUGAGUGCCAGAAUGAAAAUCAUCUCUAGGAUACAGGUACAUCCAGGUGACGAGUCCCAAAACUCUCUUUCUGGAUUCCAUUGCUAGACAUCAACGUACUCUGAUCAAGACAUUCAUAAAAUUAUUUGAUUUAUCCGAAAACACCUGUACAGAGACGAUAUAUAAUUAAUCAUUUCUCCCUUCAUAAUUACAUACACCAAAUGCCUCAUACACAUAGUAAAAAAUCUCACUUUCAACAUUGUUAACUUUGUUGGACCACUUGUUCGGCACAUAAUUCACCGGUGAACGGUUGAUGUAUAUUCGAUAAUUUUGAUAUCUGGUUAUAUUUCCUUGGAAAACCUUGGACCAGAUUGCCAAUUGAAAUGUUGGAUUUGCUCAAAUUUCAAUCGUUAUUGAAUAUCAUCUUUGAGACAAUAAAUUCAAUUAUUCUGUGGUCAUAUGAAGGAUCAUGUUCAAAUUCCAUGUACUGUCCAAAGUAAACACAUUACAACGAUUGUUAUAUUUAGUUGGAUUAUAUCUUGUAGUAAUUGUUCAGUCGGUGAGAUCUCAGUCUGAUCUAGAUCGAUGCGCAAUAGUUUGUGCUCCAGAAAAAUGUCAAUGUGUCGGCCCACAAGGAAUACAGGGGCAACCUGGUCCAAUAGGUGUACGAGGUUCGGAAGGGCCUCCAGGUGAUGUAGGUCUUAUUGGACUUCGUGGAUCACCAGGUGAGAAAGGUGAACAAGGAAUUCCCGGUGUAUUGGGUCCAAGAGGUGAAAAGGGUUUACCUGGUCAACCGGGUUAUCCCGGUAAAGAUGGUGAUCCAGGUCAUCCUGGUAUGCGAGGAGAGAAAGGGGAUAAAGGAGAUAGUGGAUGUGAUGGUGAAUCGGGAGAUAAUGGUGAUCAAGGUGAACCUGGAGCCCCAGGUAUAAUAGGCACACCUGGUGAACCAGGAACUAAAGGUCCUAAAGGAUACACUGGAGGCUCAAGACAAGGAUUAAUGGGUGAGAAGGGAGAUCCAGGUGACAUUGGCCAACCUGGAGAAGAUGGUUUGCCAGGGCUUGAUGGGGAAGAUGGACUUCCUGGUCCACGUGGACCUCAAGGAGAAUCAGGAGCCGUAGGUUUGAUGGGAGACAUCGGUCCUAAAGGUGAAAGUGGAGUAUACAAUUAUACGAAUAUAAUUCCUGGAGAUCGUGGUGAACCAGGUCCUCGAGGACAAGAUGGUCAACCAUGUGAAGAUAUGGACCGUGAAUAUACCGAAGAAGAACUUAUCAGUUUUACAAGAGGUCAAGCUGGAGACAUAGGUUCACCAGGACCUAAAGGUGACAGUGGAGAGUCAGGUGAUAAGGGUGAUAUGGGUUUACAAGGUGAAGAAGGACCGAUUGGUGAAAAAGGUGAACCUGGUGAACCCGGACUAGAUGGUGAUCCUGGAGAAGAUGGUGAUGUGGGAUCGAUUGGACAACCAGGUAAUUUAGGUUCUGAUGGUCCACCUGGACCAGAAGGUACAAUUGGUGAGAAAGGUGAUCGAGGUCCACAUGGUCGUGAUGGUUUACAAGGUGAUCCAGGCCAAGCUGGAAUCCCUGGGUAUAAAGCUACUUGUCCAAUCGAGUUUUUCCCAAAAGGUGAGAAAGGUCUCCCAGGUUAUCCUGGUGAUAAGGGAACUCAAGGAGAACCUGGCUUAUCAGGUGAUCAGGGAGAAAAAGGUGUCCCAGGCGAUGAAGGUCCAAAAGGAGUAAGAGGAAGUCAAGGUAAAAUUUGUGAGCCUGGUCCACAAGGUCCUGUAGGUGUUAAGGGUUGGUAUGGAAAAAAUGGGGCACAAGGGCAACCUGGAAUUGAUGGAGAUCCAGGACAACCAGGCCAAAGAGGGUUACCUGGAGAUGAUGGUUUUGGUCAUUUAGGUGAAAUUGGUGAGGUUGGUGUGGAAGGUUUACGUGGUAUUAAAGGUGAAUCUGGUGAAGAAGGUGAUCCUGGCGAAAAAGGAUUUGGUGGAGAUAGUAAUAUCGGUCCAGUUGGUCCUCGUGGUGAACCUGGUGAUGAUGGAAGUGAUGGAGAACCUGGAAAACACGGCGAACCUGGACCUCCAGGUCCCAAAGGUGAACCGUUAACUGCUUGUCCUUUGUGUAAAGACGGUGAUGCUGGUGCACGUGGAGAAAUAGGGGAUCCAGGUGAAAAUGGUGAAAAAGGAAGUGAUGGUAUGCCAGGUGAUAGAGGUGAUAUCGGUCGACUAGGUGAAGAUGGUUUAAUCGGUCUACCGGGAACCAAAGGUGAAAAAGGUCGUAUUGGUGAAGAUGGUUUUAAUGGUGAUCCCGGUGAACCUGGAGAAUCUGCUAUUGUAUCUCGGGUUGUAGAAGAUGUUAUUCCAGGCGAUGAGGGUGAUGAAGGUCAUGAAGGUAGUAUUGGUGAUAUUGGCGAUAGAGGCGAUGAAGGGGAACCUGGUCCUGUUGGUGAUGAGGGUCCUAAAGGACAACAAGGUACAGAUGGUGAACAAGGACCAAUUGGUGAAGUUGGGGAUGAUGGUGACGAUGGUGAAACAGGUGAAGAUGGUAUCGAUGUCAAAGGUAUGGUUGGUGAACUGGGUGAAAGGGGUGAUGAGGGUUCAGUCGGUGAGAAAGGUGAAAAAGGCAUAGCUGGAGUGAUGACCAACUGUACAAUUGAUUGGAGACAAUUAGUGGCCAAAAAUGAAUCUGAAUUGAUUGGCGAUCGUGGGGAGAAAGGAGAUGAUGGUGAGGUUGGUGAAAAAGGCUCCCGAGGCAUUGAUGGACGAAAAGGCGAAAUAGGUCAAACGGCAGCACCAUCCGAACGAGGUGAAACUGGUUUUCCAGGUCCUGAUGGGGAAAAAGGAGAUCCGGUCCACCAGGUAUUGAAGGUCCUCAAGGACUUCAAGGAGAUCCUGGUCAAGUAA